AAGGACUGCGCGCCUGCGACCGGGACCUCCCCCCUCCCCUGCGCGUGCGCGCACUGCGCGGCCGCCGAGCCCCGCCCAGGCCCGCCUCCUAUUGGUCCAGGAGGCGUGCGCGUGCGUACGCGCUCGCUCGUUCGCUCAGGUGCCCGGAUGGGCCGUGGCUUCCGGCGCUCUACCCGCGGACGGUAGGGGGCGCGCGCGCCGCCGGGCUCCAGCUCCGGCGCCAGCUCCGCUUUGUCGCGGCGGAGGAGAGGCGGGGUGGGGCCCUCCGCGGCCCCCGGAGGGAAGCCGAGGGACGGCCGCGCUCUGAGUCAAGGGCCGCCGUCGCUCGAGCUCCGGAGCGAAAUGGUCGCCCGGGCCCAGGCCCAGGUCCAGGCCGCGGGGCCGCCGCGUGUCCCGUGAAGGGUCGGGCCGGGCCGGGCGGGAGCCACGCGGGGGAGAAGCAGCAGCAGGGGUUAUUUAAACCCGGUCCUCUCCGCAGCUGGGGUGCCGGCGAGCCGGAGACGGGGACACCUGUGGCCUCUCCCACCCUGACGACGGCCCCUCUCCGGUCUGCAAUCCAGGUGAGACCGAAACCAUUGCUUUUGAAGUUGUUACAGUCUGUCGGUGCCCAAAAGGAUAUUUAUACUAUGAAAGAGAUUAUAUUUUAUCUUGGCCAGUAUAUUAUGACUAAACGAUUAUAUGAUGAGAAGCAGCAACAUAUUGUGUAUUGUUCAAAUGAUCUUCUAGGAGAUUUGUUUGGAGUGCCGAGCUUCUCUGUGAAAGAGCACAGGAAAAUAUAUACAAUGAUCUACAGAAACUUGGUGGUUGUAAGUCAGCAAGAGCCUGCAGACUCCGGCACAUCCAUGAGUGAGAGCAGGUGUCAACCUGAAGGUGGCAGUGAUCGGAAGGACCCUGUGCAGGAGCCACCAGAAGAGAAGCCUUCCUCUUCAGAUCCAGUUUCCAGACCGUCUACCUCAUCCAGAAGGAGAGCAGUUAGUGAGACAGAAGAAAACGCAGAUGAACUACCUGGUGAGCGACAGAGGAAGCGCCACAGGUCCCUCUCCUUUGAUGAAAGCCUGGCUCUGUGUGUGUUACGGGAGAUAUGCUGUGAAAGAAGCAGCAGCAGUGAGUCCACAGAGACCCCCUCAAACCAGGACCUUGAUGAUGGUGUAAGUGAACAUUCAGGUGAUUGGUUGGAUCAGGAUUCGGGUUCCGAUCAAUUUAGUGUAGAAUUUGAAGUUGAGUCUCUUGACUCAGAAGAUUACAGCCUGAGUGAAGAAGGGCAUGAGCUCUCAGAUGAGGAUGAUGAGGUAUGUUGGACCCUUCGUGAGAAUUGGCUUCCCGAAGGGAAAGGGAAAGAUAACAGAGAGAUCACCGAAAAAGAAGGCUUAGAUGUGCCUGAUGGAAAAAAAAACUACAGUGAGUGA